AUGCCCCGAUAUUAUGAAGACAAGCCGAGGGCGGCGCAUAAGGACCUGGCCCCCUGUCUGCUGCAGUCGGACUGUGAGCUCCAGGAAGGAAAAACUCCGCGGCAGUGUUUGAAGCAAGGAAACUGUAGAGCAUUGCAAUACUCAUUUUUGGAAUGUAAAAGGUCAAUGUUGGAUACCAGAUCAAGAUUCAGAGGGAAGAAAGGAUAUUGA